AUGUUAUACCUCAUCUGGUUAAGCUCUCAUGUAAUAGCUCUGGAUGCACUUUUGGAACAGUCUUCUGUUCCAAAACAUGCCAAGGAAACAAUAGAACGUUUUAAAAUCAAGUUGCAUAGAACAUUGGAUGAGGUCAGCAUGCGUCGCAGACGUUCACUCAGGAGCGAUGAAAGUGUACAUUAUGAAACACCAGCUAUUACAUCACAAAAAAUACAUUCUCCGUCAUUGCCUGUGGUUGCCUGGUGCGUAGUGCACUUGGGUGAAGAAGAGAUCCCGUUUGCAGCAACUGAGGAAGAAAUUGGAAUGUUUGAUACAAAAUUUUUUCCGCUAGUAAACAUUCCUAAUGAAGAGAGAAUUUAUUCGCUAUUGGGUUUUCAAUAUGAAGAUGACUUAUUUUUAGUAACUAUUCAGUCAGCUGAAGAUGAACAUAGUUUUGGGAUCCAUAAAUAUUCUGAUGAUGAAUCUUUAGUUCUUGAAAAAGUUUUUCCUUUAACUGGAGAAUCAUUUGCAAUGGUUACUGAAGUGCAACAGAUAAUAUAUCUUCCUAUACUAUCAAACAAUGAUUCUGAUUCUAUUUUGAAUUUAUUCGUAUGGCAAGAAUUUCAGUUUGAAUUGAUUGUUGAGCUGCCUUUGAAAGGCAAUGGGAAGUCAUUAGCUUCUUGGGAGAUGUACAAUAUUUUGUUUGUUGCUGUAAGUUUCAAUGACGUUUUAAAGAUUUUCCAUUUUUCUGAAAGACACGAGAGACUGAUUCUUACUCAACGGAUUGAACAAAAUUGCGACAUAGUGAAGCAUUUUAAAGAUGUAGAAAUCCAUAAUUUAGUUUGCAGUGGAAAUAAGAAAAUUCUUUUGUAUAUAUGGAAUGGGGAUCGUUUUUCUGAACAACAGGAGAUUUGUGAUUUUGAACCAGUUGUUGAUAUUACCUUGAUGAGUUUAUCUGAGGGUAAUGUUAUGAUGCUCAGUGUGAAACCUAAUCUCUUGGAGUUUUAUUUUCAAGAUUCUGGAUUAUACAUUAAAUCAAAAGAUGCUGAAAUUUUAGAGGAUGGAGUUCUGAAAAACGUAGAUGUAUGGGAGAAAGCGGGUGUAUUUUAUUUACUGCCAGUGUUUCAUGAUUACAAUGGUAUAACAGUGAUGCCUCUUGAUAUCAAUUUCCCAAAAUCAACUCAACUUCAAGAUAUAAAUGCGUACCUCAGAUGUGUCCGAGAAUUGGAGAAAGUGAUGAAUGAUACUGAUGAUAUAAUAAAGAACCGAGAUUUAAAACACAGUAAUAUUUGGACAAAAGAUAGAUCUUUUCAUAUACCAGAAGUCCACGUGAAGGGUGCCGUUGUUUCAAAUCGAAUAUCGAAAAUUUCACGAAUAUCAUUUAUUGAUUCUGACUCAUUGAAUGCUCAAUCCAUUUCCGGUUUAAUUAACGAGUUAAGCACAAAAUUAAGAAAUCUGCAAUGGUUAUUAAGGAAUGCUGUUUUAAAAUCUACAGAUCAGAAAAUAUAUGGUAACAUUAAAUUUGGUGAUCAACUGUUUAUCUCAAAUGUGAAUAUAUCAAGGCUUACAGAUCAUUUGGAUAUAAAUGGAGUUCAUACAUCUGCACUUACUUCUGUUUUGAAGAAAUCAGGAUCUCAGACAAUUUUACCCAGAUUAACUUUCAAUGGAGGAAAUGUUAAAAAUGUCGAAACAAAUUUUCUAAAUUCUGUAGGAAUAACAGAUUAUCUAUUGUUGUCAAAGCAGUGGGAAUAUGUGAAAGGGCAUCUGCAGUUCAAAGAUCUGUCUGUAAAUAACAUGAAAGUAAAGAGUAACAGACUAAAUGACAUACCUCUGACAGAUAUAGUGACUUGUUCCUCCCCACAAAAUAUUACAAGUUUGAAAACAUUUCAAAAGCUUUCAUCUACAUUUAUUAAUACAAAUGGCAACAUUAGUGGAGUGAAUAUGAACAACUUUAAGAAUAUAAUUUUAAAAGAUACUUCAGAAUUUGGAACAAUGCUCCAUUUUACCUCGGAUGUCACUUUCAGAAAUUUAUAUGUUCAUUCCAUCAAUGGCAAAAAUUUAUCUCAUCUUGCACUAAAUUCUGUUAAACAUUCAGAAGACCAAAUUAUAGAAGGUAUCAAAGCUUUCACAGGAUCAGUGACUAUAGACAAUAUUUUCACAAGCUACGUAAAUAAUAUAAAAUUAAGUGAUCUUAUGACAUUACAUUCUCCACAGACUCACUAUAAUGACUUUGAGAUCGUAGAUGUAUCAUUUAAAGAAAUCAAAACGCAUUCAGUUAAUGGCAUUGAUCUUAGCAAGGAAGCAAUAAAAAAAACUGGUGACUUCAAAAUAAACGAUGAAGUGAGUUUCACUCAACGUCUAGUAGUAACUGACGAUAUUAUCCUGAAAGAUGGCGUUUUACUUGACGGCAUAGAUUUAUCAAAGGAAGUGCCUUCUCUUAUUUCAACAAAGAAGGAUAUUUUUAACGAUUCUUUAGAUAUCUGCAAUAUCAUUGUGAAGAAUAAUGUCGAAAUUACCGAUGCUAGAAUAAAAUCUUUAUUAAGGAGUCUGUUGAAUGAUGUCUGGUUAAAAUCCAAAAGACAGUAUGUGCCUUAUGUUCAUUUAAAAGUGAUGAAUGCAAAGGAUUUGAAUGUGAACAGCCUGAAUGGUGUAUCAUUUAACGAAAUAGUUUUAUGCAAUAAACAGAGUGUAAUCAAUUCCAAGAAAGAAUUUGCUGAUAUCGAAGUUCAAUCCCUUUCGUUACAAGAUGGAAGAACUGUGAAUGGUAUUGAUUUCACUUCAGAUUCCUUAAUUUCUUCGUUUCUUGAAAAGUUAAAAAGUUUCAGGGUUAAAGAUAUGAUAAUUAAGGGAAAUUUGGAUUUACCUACUUUUAAUAAUAUCAACAUUUUUGAUUUGAUGCAAGUUGAAAAAUUCCAAGUAUGUGUUGGAUCUAAAACUUUUCAUUCCAUUUUUGUGAAUGAAUUAAUUGCUUCUACUCUGGAUUUCGAAAACAUCUAUAACAGAAGUUUCUCGGAAUAUAUUGCUGAUUCUGUUUCUCUCCGGCCAUUGGAAUAUAUUUUUAAUAAAAAAUUUAAUUUUAUAUCAAGUGAGGGAUUGGAUAUUGCUGGUUUCUUAAAUGGAAAAAAAUUUAAGGAUUUACUCGAGUCCGUUGCUACAUUGAACACUUAUCAGGUUAUUAGUUCUGAUAUUGAGUUCAUCAGUGGGCUAGAAAUGAAAAGUGCAACAAUGCAAAAUUUAAAUGUUCCCAACAUGGAAAACAUUGUUUGUAAAGAUAGAGUUGAAAAAAAUAUAUCACACAAGCAAUUUCAAAUAAUUUAUGCUAAUGAAGCCGACAUUGGAUAUGCUAAUGGAGUUGAUAUUGCAGAAUUGCAAAAUGCUUUCUUGAAAGGGCAGAAUAACUGGGUAUCAAGCAAAAUGAGAUUCAAAUCUGGUUUUAAGACAUCAAAAAUUCAAAUCAUCUCACCUGCUUCUAUUGAUGGUGUAAAACUUGACAAUACAUUCAAACUAAACAGUGCUAACAAUUUAGCAUCAAUGAAUUUAUCAAACAUCCACGCCAAGAAUGUUGAUGUAUUUGGCAAAGUAAACGGAUGCGAUUUAUCAGGUGUUAGAGAAUUUCUUAUGAAGAACAUCUUUGUCAAGACUAAAAAGUACUUUACUAAUCUAGUUGUAGAUGGUAACUUGCACGUGAAAAAUGCCCUGAAUGGCUUAGAUGAGAGUUCCUUUGGUGACAUAGCUUCUAGUUUACGAUUUAUGUCUAAUAUGAAGAGAUCUUAUAAUCUUUUCAACGUGAAAGCAACUCAACUUAAAGUUCUUGGUGCCAUGAAUGGGAUUAACAUUGAUUUUCUCUUAAAGGAUGCUGUAAGGCCCCAUUUGCCACAAACCAUAAUGGGCAGAAAAAGUUUUUCAAAGAUUACUACAAGCAACAUUACUAUAAACAAGCUGAAUGUGGCAUUUUUAAACAAAUUGAAUAUCCCUUUAUUAUACAGAAAGUAUCUGAGUAAGACAGCAAACCAGAUAAUAGCUUUGAAUUUACCAAAUAUUACUGCUGGGGAAGUUUUCAUCGAGGGCAGCUUAAAUGGAGUGAAAUUACCUGAAGAUGUUGUACUUGUCCACACAAAUGAAAAAAUAUCGUCUGAUGUAAUCUGUAAAGAACCAAUAACUUCAUUCAACAUGCAUAUAAGAGAAAUAAAUAACACUGAUCUACAGCAAUUUUUAAGAAGUAUUGUAUCUUUAACAAGUAAUGAAAAUAUCUCUUCAACUUUAAUUUUUGUUAGAGAACUUGUCUCGAAAGGUGAUUUGCAUAUAGUAAACAGUUUACAUGGAAUUAACUUAAAUGAUGUUGUAAAAACAUCGAAUGGAUUUGUACAGAAUUCUAUUACGGGGAAUAAAAUAUUUCUAGAAGAACUAAAUUUGAUGUCUGAUUUUAGAAUAUCUGGUGCAAUCAAUAACAUUGACUUAGAAAACCUUUACGGAAAUUUAUGUCAAAGAAGUAAAUUUGAAUAUUUUGAAAAUAUGGUCUAUUUUGCUGGGCUGAAAACUUCAACAUUAUAUGUAACUAAUGUCAAUAACAUUUCUUCUGAAGCGUUGUGGGCGCAUAUUCAUAACAUAGAAGAAACUGUGCAUGAUCAGUUAGACGAUGCUGCUGAUACUAUGAAUGAAAUUAAAUACAAGCUUCUUAAAGUUAAAGACAGUCAAAAUGAAUCUUCUUCAGUCUUGGCUUAUUUUGAACUACAUCAAGUAUUAAACGUAGGCUUUUCCUUGAGAUUUUUACCCAUACUCGAUGCUGGUAUAUUUGGGGAAGCAUAUCAGUUAUCAUCAAAAGAAAUGAUUGUAUGGGCCAAUCAAAACGAUCAAACUUGUACAAGUUUUAAAUCUUUGAAAUUUGAAGUUCAGCAAGAUGGUACUCUAAAAGAAACUGGGAGACUUCGCGGAAGAAUAUUUCCUUGCAGUCUCCGAGUAUUAGAAGAUGACGUGCAAGGAUUUAAACUUCAUGUAGAUCGAGCAUCAAGAUGCACAGAGGAACGCAAAAUAACGGAUAUUAUAAAAACUGUCUUUACCAGUGGAGACGAUAGUGUGUAUGUUAUGCCAUCUUCCAAUUCAGUUGUACUUGAUGCAAAGCUACUGGAAACAGAAGAGGGAAUUUUCAUAAUAAUUGCUUAUGAAAUGAGAGAAAAUGGAGAAAGAAUGCAUGUAUAUGAAUAUGAUGGCAUCAAUGAUACGUGGAAUAUUUGCCAAAAAUUUCACUCCUCAAAUGUCUCUUCCUUUGACUUUAUCUAUACUGUUGAUGAUUCAGAAGAUCCCAUGGGUUAUUUGGUGAUCACAGGAAAAGAUGCAACUUCUGGAAUUUAUCUUUAUCUUUGGGAUUUUCAAACAAAAGAGUUCAUCUUCAAAUCCAGUAUCUCAAAAGUGGUAUCGACUUCAGCUUUCUGGAGCAACACCGACAAAGAUAUCUAUCUCUUUCUUGCAAAAGAAAAAACAAAAGUUUUCAAGAACAAUGUUUGGUCAUUUGUUUAUUCUGAGCCAGUAGAAGUUUAUGUCCUCGAAGAUGAUUUAAAAUUCUGCUAUGAAAUAAAUAUUUAUGGAAUUUCGUCUUUCGAUACUUUUAGAUUAGAUGGUGAAACAUAUAUUCUAGCUGUGAGUCCUCAUUUACAGACAGUUUACCUGUUGCAAUACCGAGGAUAUGCAGGCUUUCAAGUAAUUCAAGAAUUCAGUGCACCUGGAGUUGUCUCAGUAUCAGUGUUUUCACCUGGACACGAUAUUUUUCUGGCUAUAGCCUCCAAAACAGGACAAACAAGAAUACUGAAAUGUGUAAUGAGGGGAAGAAACUUUGUUGAAAGCAGAGAAAUUAAAGAACUUAAUUUCUAA